AUGGACGACAUUGAAACCCUCUCAAAAGCCGUCGGCGUAAACCUCUCGUUGUAUAAUGAACCGCUGACACGCAUCCCGGGCGUCCAGAUCCCACCCCUCAAGACGCUCACCCUCAAAUCCCGGCCCUUGGCGAGCCACGCCCUCGCAUUCUCCUGCGACGCCGAGCUCGCCGUCGCCGCGGACGACUCGGUCCACGUCUUCCUCCCCGAGUUCCCGACGCCCGAGGAGCCGUCAUCAAUAACCACCAACACCUCUGCCUCCAGGGACCACGAUGCCCAGGACGCGGCGGAUAAGGACCCCGCGGAGGUAGCAGCAGCCGCCGCCGCCGCCGCCGCACAGGAAGGCGGCAAGACAUCCCGCCAGCAGUUCUACACCUACAUCCUCCGCAUCCCAACCUCCCGGAAGCCCGACCCGCGCAUGAACGCCGCGCUCUUCGCCGCGCAGGGCCUCGACACACCCACGUACGACGACGACUACGCCCCAUCAGCGGGCGGCGGCACCGCCGUCGAGGAUACGUCCUCGGCCUUCGAGGGCGUCGGCUCCGGCACCGUCACGGGCUACGGCGCCUCCCUGAACCAGGUCGUCGCGAUCGAGUGGUCGCCCGCGGGCCUGGGCCGAAACCUACGCGCCGCGCUGGCGGUGAUGCUGACGAGCGGCGCGCUGCUCGUCUUCGGCGAGAGCGGCGGCGGCGGCGUCGUGGACCUCGGGGCGCGGAUGCGGAACUUCAGGGACUGGCGGAUCCUCUGGGGUGUCGGGGCGAACCUGCCGCUCCCCGACGCCGGGAGCGAAGACGGCGCCUACCUGCCAAAGGACAAGGUGCGGUCGUUUUCUUGGGCCAGGUACCUGGGCCCUGGGCAGGCCCUGAUGGCGUACGCGACGGACGAGGAGGAAGUCGUCGUGUUGAGUGUGCAGUAUUACCUCCCGGACCAUCUCGGCGAGUCGAAUGCUGCGUCGCACGUCUGGGAGGUCGAAGAGAUGGCGAGGUUCGACGCGAGAGGGCCGCACCCGAGUACAAGUAUCAUGGACCCCGAUUACAUCCCCCACACCUCGGCAUUCUCCCUGAAAUGGAGCCCGUGGCUUCACUCCGACGGCGCGAGGACGGCAGUCCUUGCGUACUGCGCCAGAAACUACGUCGGCUUCCGGCGGAUCACGAUCCCCAGCGACUGGGAGCGGGGCGCGGGCGUGGAGGUCGCCAUUGAGGAAGCGGACCUGACCGGCAUCUGCACGAGCCUCCUGUCCGACGCCUUUGUCGAGUGGGAGGAUGCCGUCUUGGACCACGACGUGGCCAAAGUCUGCCGGGGCGUUGUCGCGACUCCAUUCAAGGCCCUGCCCUUCCAGGUCGCUCUCAACGGGCCGGAGGGUACGGCGAAGGACCCCCAUGCCACGAGCGUCUGCAACACGACAUCUCCAGACGAUGCAACCUCGCUCGAUGCCACGAACCCCAUCACGAGCCUCAUUAUCCACCCCCCCGACUUGUCAAAACAGAGCAAGGCGCCCGCCUAUUCCCUCGUCCGCCUCUCCGCCACGGCGACGAACGACAACUGGUUCCAGCGGAGCGCCGGCGACCCCUCCUCUUCCGCCGCCGCCGCCGCCGCCGCCGCCGCCAUCGUCGAUGCCCUGCCCCAGUGGGCCGCGACGAUCUCCUCGACCGUCAAGCUCUCCGUCCCCGUCGCCAUGCUCGGCCGCGGCGCGGGCGCGGCGUUGGCCGGGGACGCUGAGUCCGUCGCCUCGGGCGAGGACGACGACUCGGACGACGACGACGACUUCGACCUCCCAGAAGACGCGGGCGAACAGAUCCACCCGCACCGGGUGCGCAUCUGGGGCAUGGCCAUGUCGCCCGCGGGAGGCAUGAGCGCCGUACUCGUCUCGCAGCACAGCACGCAGAAACCGGAGAAGACCGUCAAGACCAAGGUCCUGUUCGGCGGGCGGUCCGGUCCCGUGGCCUCGCCGCUGACGGGCGAUGAGAUGGACGUCGACACGGACGAGAGCGCCGGCGGGGCCAGGGAUUGGGGUUUCUGGGCGAGACAGAGCACCGAGGCCAAGAUGUGGGACUGGAUGUACGCCGGCGGCCCCGCCGUUCCCGGAACGCUGGGGUUCGGUGAGGGGGCGAAGGCCGGGGACUCCUCGAUGCGCAAGAGGUUUGAGGGGGUCAAGAAGAAGCAGCGGUGCGUCUUUUGCAAGACUCCCCUGGAAGACGAGGGCAAGGAGUCGAUUUGCGAAAAGGGCCACAUCUUUGCCACCUGCGCAUCCACCGGUCUCGCCAUCCUCGCACCGGGCAUCUCCAGGGCCUGUGCCGUCUGCGGCCUCCGUUGCCUCGUGGCCAAGGAGGUGGCCAAGAUCGCGCAGGAGCACCUGGGCCCUGAUGCCAAGGUGGAGGCUUCGGAGGAGAUGUGUGGCGGGUGCGGGGGCAAAUUUGUGGUAUAA